AUGUCAUUGGGCUAUCAACCGUCCAAAUUCCAACAAUUUGAUGAAAGAGGCGGCAACAAGCUGACGGGAAAAAUCCCAGCAGUGCUUGCUUCCUUGUCCUUCCUCAAAGCAUUAGACAUUUCCUACAACAAUCUAGUCGGAAGCAUCCCACAAUUUUUCAGCAACCUAACUGCACUGCAAGCCAUAUCCUUGGCUUACAAUGCAUUGGGUGGAAGCAUUCCAAAUUCUUUGGCCCGACUAGAACAUUUGAGAUUUCUGGGACUCGCUGGGAAUAACCUGUCAGGCGAAAUCCCCCCACGCUUGUAUAAUCUUUCCUCAAUAACUCACUUCUCCUUGUCUGAGAAUCAACUUCAUGGACGUGUUUCCCCCAACUUGGGCCUCUCUUUUCCCCGUCUCCAAAUCCUUCAACUUAGUGAGAAUUUCUUCGUUGGACCAUUUCCAGUCUCAUUAUCAAAUGCUUCCGAGCUUACCAACAUUGAGAUGGGUUCCAACAAAUUCUCUGCACUGCUUAAUUUGCUUAGAUUGACUAUAGGAUCUAAUCGGUUCAAUGGUCACUUGCCAGCUUCAAUUGCAAAUUUCUCAACUCAAAUGGACAUCUUGAUAAUGGCAUCAAAUAAAAUAUUCGGUGCCAUCCCUCCGGGACUUGGUAACCUUAUCAACUUAAAUGCGUUAUAUUUGUUUGAUAACCGUGCCGUUCCUGCUGAUCUUUGCAAGAUCCAAAAGUUACAACACUUGUCUCUUGAGAGGAAUAGACUUUCGGGCAAUAUUCCUUCCUGUCUUGGAAACCUUUCUUUUUUGGCUUAUCUCUACUUAGAGGAUAAUAAAUUACAAGGAAAUAUCCCUUCUAAUCUAGGGAAAUGUCCAAAUUUAUUAUUUAUAGAUCUUUCUCAAAAUAAACUAUGUGGAACCAUACCCAAACAAUUUUUUGGAAUUUCAUUUAUGCUCAUUGCACUGAGUUUGGCCCAAAACAAGUUCGUUGGGUCCAUGCCCAUGGAGGUUGGCAACCUAAAAAAAUUGGAAAUCUUGGCAGUAUCUCAAAACAUGCUGCAUGGCGAAAUUCCAAGUAGCCUUGGUGAAUGUACCAGUCUUGAAUACCUGUACAUGGAUGGCAACUAUUUUCAAGGUUCAAUACCCUCAUUUUUGAGUUCUUCAAGAGGUAUUCCAGAACUUGAUCUUUCUCUUAACAAAUUUUCUGGUACAAUUCCACAAUUCCUGGGAACUUUGUCAUUGGAGUAUUUAAAUCUAUCUUUCAAUGGCUUUGAAGGUGAGGCUCCAACUAAGGGGGUUUUUGCAAAUGUGAGUGCGUUCUUGGAAAUAACAUGCUUUGUGGGGGAAUUGAUAAACUGCGACCCCCAAGGCGCGAUGCGCACCUGGAAUGAUUCCGUCCAUUUCUGCGAGUGGGAAGGCAUCACAUGCGGUCGCCGGCACAAAAGCAGAGUCACCGCCUUGAACCUUUCCUCCAUUGCCUUGGUUGGUUCAAUUUCUCCUCACAUCGGCAACCUCAGCUUUCUGAGGUCCAUUGAUCUCAGAAACAACACUCUACAUGGUCAUAUCCCUCAAGAACUCGGUCGCCUUUUCAGGCUACAGGUACUUCGUUUAACCAACAACUCCUUCGCCGGGGAAAUUCCGGCCAACUUGUCCCACUCCAACCUUACGUAUUUGCUUUUAGGCGGCAACAAGCUGACGGGAAAAAUCCCAGCAGUGCUUGCUUCCUUGUCCUUCCUCAAAGCAUUAGACAUUUCCUACAACAAUCUAGUCGGAGGCAUCCCACAAUUUUUCAGCAACCUAACUGCACUGCAAGCCAUAUCCUUGGCUUACAAUGCAUUGGGUGGAAGCAUUCCAAAUUCUUUGGCCCGACUAGAGCACUUGAGAUUUCUGGGACUACAAUUUUUUGGAAUUUCAUUUAUGCUCAUUGCACUGAGUUUGGUUGGGUCCAUGCGCAUGGAGGUUGGCAACCUAAAAAAAUUGGAAAUCUUGGCUGUAUCUCAAAACAUGCUGCAUGGCGAAAUUCCAAGUAGCCUUGGUGAAUGUACCAGUCUUGAAUACCUGUACAUGGAUGGCAACUUUUUUCAAGGUUCAAUACCCUCAUUUUUUAGUUCUUCAAGAGGUAUUCGAGAACUUGAUCUUUCUCUUAACAAAUUUUCUGGUACAAUUCCACAAUUCUUGGGGACUUUGUCAUUGGAGUAUUUGAAAUAA